GGGGUCGAUGCGUCCCUCCCUAUCCCUAUUCCCCCCUAUCGCUGCCCCUGGGCCACGGGCCACGCGCGCGCGCUGAGCCCUCCGAGGCACCUGGGCGCGGCACGCGGCAGAGCCCGCGCGGAACCCUGCGCGCGGCCCGCUCAGAGCAGCCGCUCGGCCGCCCCGGACGGCCCCCUGGGCCAGCGAGCACGUCCCCAGACGUCACCACCACCCGCGCGACGCACCAGUCCGCGAGGGAUCGGGCGGCUGCCGCGCCAGGGCGACCGCCAAGCCUGCCGAGAGGCCGUCGGCCUCCGCCUCUGCGGCCUCCGCCAAGCCUCCCGAGAGGCCGUCGCCGCGGGCUGUGCGCCCAGCGAGCGGCGCGGCUGGGCACUCGGCGCCUCCGCCGCCGCUGGCCAGCGGCCGCUCUCGCUACGAGCGAUGUCAUUCGCCCAUGACCUCGGGAACCGCCCAGCAGAGGCGCCGCAUCUCCUGCGCGCUCUCCCCAUGGCCAGGCGCGGGGCUACUCGUCGUCGGAGCUUUCCAUGCCGUCGGGAUUCUCCGCGCCGUCGGGGCGCUCCGCGCCCCCGUCUUCGGAGGAAGGCGGAGAGACGAGCGAGCGGUGGCCCUCCUCGAGGAGCAGGUCGCGGAGCCCCAGCGCGAGGGGCCACGGCCUGACCAGGGUGCCCACUGGGUGCAGGCCACGCCAAGAUGGGUCCCAGCCCUGCUCCUCGCGCGGGCGCGGCCUGUUCUCGAAUAGGCGCCCCAGCGCACCUGGCCGCCCGGGUUUGAACCCGUGUGUGGAGA